GCAACCUUAUUAUUUAAGUGCUAAAAAUGCGGGCGGUGAAAGAAUCCAAAAUUUCAACCAAUCAAAUCGAUUACAAUAAGCUGUCAGCCAAUCACAGUGAUUAUAGUAAAGUACCAGCCAGUCAUGAUUACAGCAAGAGAAUAGAGGUGGCUACAAGCGAUAUUGGUCUUUAUGAUAAGGGAAUAGAUGCUGAAACUGAGUGUGAAGACAAGUAUGUGGAGAGUUAUGAGGCGGCGAACUAUGAGAUGUACGAACAGAUGGCUAUGGCGUAUCAGAGUGAUGUUGCUAGCCAGACCCAACCCUUCCGCUGGCCGGUUUCAUGCCCCCAGAGCCGCCGCCCGGUCUCAUCGCCUUGCAGUAGAGUUAAGUGUUACUUAUUUUCUAUUUUCGGAAGACGAAUUGCCUUUAUAUGUAGUACGAUGCCAACUUUAUGACGUUUCGGAACAUCGUGCGUCAAACUGCGCGAUACAAAAUUUUAGGUAUCAGCGGUACGUUAAAGCGCGGCGGGCAUAACCCUGCACGCGACUCCAAUCCAUCCGCGUCUUGUGUUAGCGUACUUUAUUCACAUGAUAGCAUAUGUUGUGGAUAAAUUAUCUGGGCUAUCACGGCCAGUAACCCCUCUGCUUCCGAUUCCGGAGGGUGUGGGUUCGAUUCCGGUCCGGGGCGUGCACCUCCAACUUUUCAGUUGUGUGCAUUUUAAGAAAUUAAAUAUCACGUGUCUCACGGUGAAGGAAAACAUCGUGAAGAAACCUGCAUACACUCUGGUAUGCAGGUUUCCUCACGAUAUUUAAUUUCAUAAAAUGCACACAAAGUUGGAGGUGCAUGCCCCGGACCGGAUUCGAACCCACACCCUCCGGAAUCGGAGGCAGAAGUAUAUCCACUGGGAUAUCGCGGCAUGCGUUAUUACUGUAAACUUUUACGUACUAGGUUGAUAGGAAUUCCGUCUUCCGCAAGUAGAACUAUACUUUAUAUAUUGACUUAUAUUGUAAUUCUGAUUAAUUGUAAAUAAAUUCUUUAAUAUUUAGA